CCUCGAUGUCCUCAACGUCCCUGAUGUCCCCAAUGUCCUCAACGUCCCCGAUGUCCCCAACCCGAAGGACGAAGACCCGUCAUGGCCUGAUGUCCCUGAUGUCCUCAACGUCCCCAAUGUCCCCAACCCGAAGGAUGAAGACCCAUCAAGGCCUGAUGUCCCCGAUGUCCCCCAUGUCCCUGAUGUCCCCAACGUCCCCCAUGUCCCCGAUGUCCCCGAUGUCCCCAACCCCAAGGACCAAGGGCCACCAUCGCCUGAUGUCCCCGAUGUCCCCAACGUCCUUGAAGUCCUCGAUGUCCCCAAUGUCCCCAACCCAAAGGACGAAGACCCACCCUGACCUGAUGUCCCCAACGUCCCCAUUGUCCCCAACCCAAAGGACUGAGAACUCCCAUGGCCUGAUGUCCCCGAUGUCCCCAACGUUCCUGGUGUCCCCAACCCAAAGGACCAAGACCCGUCAUGGCCUGAUGUCCCCAACGUCUCUGAUGUCCUCAAUGUCCCCGAUGUCCCCAACCUUAAGGACAAGGACCCGUCAUGGCCUGAUGUCCUCGAUGUCCCUAACGUCCCCGAUGUCCCCAAUGUCCCCAACCCGAAGGAUGAAGACCCGUCAUGGCCUGAAGUCCUCGAUGUCCCCAAUGUCCCCAACCUGAAGGACGAAGACCCGCCAUGGCCUGAUGUCCCCAACGUCCCCGAUGUCCCCAAUGUCCCCAACGCGAAGGACGAGGACUCGUCAUGACCUGAUGUCCUCGAUGU